AAAAAAUUAUAAAUGAAAGAGUCAAUAACAAGUAUUACAAAAGAUAAAGGAAUUCGGCUAAAGAGAGAUCCUAAUAUUAUUAAAACUGAUAUAUUAUCACUUGUAACCUGAUCAGAUGAGUUCAUAUGAUACAUUUACAGGUGCUGAUGCCAGCUUUACUCACAGUGAAUCUGUCAAUCUCUCCUUCAAUGAAGUGAAUACCCAGUAUACUGGCCAAAGCAUAGUGCGGCAUGACAGUAACUUUG